AUGUUACGUUCCAAAACAAGGUCUGUUGACGUUACACAAAAGAACAACUAUUCACCCAUAUUUUCAAAGACCCUUUCGGCAUCAAAGCUUUGUAGAGGCGAUGUUAUACGGACACAAAUCGAUGCAAAGGCCCUUAAAUCUGUUGAUAAUAAGAAGCAGUCCAAGGCCUCAAAAUCAUCCCAGGCCAAGAUGAGGACCAAUGAAGCCUUCUUACACCCCAACAAGGCUAACGAGCUCAAAACCAAACUCGAAAGCACGAAAAGCUCGCUAGAAGCUUCACGACACGAGUUGAAAAGUACUAAAAGCAACAUGAUGGUCGACUCCUUGGAAUCCGAGCUCGUGAAAUCAAGACACCUCGAGUCCGAAAAGGCCGCACCUUGGGAUAAAAUGAACAAGGAAUUAAGUGGUUCGAAGGAGGGCGAAAAACGCACGGCCAUGUUAUUGCACGAGAACGAAAAACGAAUUCAAGAACUCGAGGAUGAGCUCGAGAGCUCCAAGACCGAGACCGUCACCCUACGCAAAACAAUCGAGUCCCUAGAAGAAAAACUAUCUGCUCAAAAUACAAGUCAUAAAGAAAAACAAGAAGAAAACGAGAUCGGCCUUCUUAAACUCGAGCUCCAAUCGGCCCUCAAGGAAAUGCAAGUCCUCAAGAAUGAGCGGCGGCUCGCGAUCGAGGCCGAGGAGAAAAGCGCGAAAGCCAUGGAGGACUUAGCCCUGGCCUUGAAAGAAGUCGCCUCCGAAUCCAACCAAGCAAAGGAGAAACUCGAGACCACACAAGCCGAGCUAAACCAUGCACGACUCGAAAACGAGCAAGUGAGAAAGACGCUCAAUGAGACCAAGCAAGAAUCCGAGCUCCACAAGAAUACAGCCAACCGCCUCAAGAUCGAGGCUGAGGAGACCCUUUUGGCUGUGAGCGAGAAGGAGAUGGGCUUCGUUAGCUACAUCAAGCGGGCCGAGGACGAGCGGGCUGCAGCCCAACGUGAGAAUGUUAAGUUGCGAGACAUCCUCAAGCAGGCGGUCAACGAGGCCAACGCCGCCAAGGCUGCCGCUGGCAUUGCCCGUCAAGAAAACUCACUCCUACAACACUAUGUCAUAGAGAAAGACGAGCGCCUUCAUUUCCUCGCUCGGGAGAACGAGCGGCUGAGGACUCGCGAUGCCGUGGCCAGGGAGAAUGCAAAGCAGUUUUGUUAG